AACCAUGGUCACUCCUCCUCUUUCUCUCCCACUAGGCAGCACAGUUCAGCUGGGAUCCAGAGACCGUGGGGAUGAUCCACGGGUCCUUCUUCUGGGGAUACAUCGUCACACAGAUUCCCGGAGGUUUUAUAUGUCAAAAAUAUAAAGCUAACAAUGUGUUUGGCUUCGCCAUAGUGGCCACAUCCACUCUCAACAUGCUGAUUCCAUCUGCUGCUCGUACACACUACAGCUGUGUCAUACUAGUCAGGAUAUGCCAAGGCCUCGUCGAGGGCGUAUCUUACCCAGCAUGCCAUGGGAUCUGGGCCAAAUGGGCCCCGCCUCUAGAGAGAAGUCGACUGGCCACAACAGCAUUCUGUGGUUCCUAUGCGGGAGCUGUGGUGGCCAUGCCUCUUGCUGGGGUGUUGGUUCAGUAUGUAGGGUGGCCUUCAGUCUUCUACGUCUAUGGCAGUUUUGGGAUAGCAUGGUAUCUCUUCUGGAUCCUGGUGUCGUAUGAAAGCCCGGCAGCCCACCCCACUAUCACCCCUGAAGAGAGGAAGUACAUUGAGGAAGCCAUCGGAGAGUCAGCAGGUUUUGCCAAUCCUCUACAGAAAUUCAAAACCCCGUGGAGAGCAUUCUUCACGUCCAUGCCGGUGUACGCCAUUAUCGUAGCCAACUUCUGCAGGAGCUGGACUUUCUACCUGCUUCUCAUCAGCCAGCCGGCCUACUUCGAGGAAGUGUUUGGCUUUGAGAUCAGCAAGGUGGGGAUGGUGUCGGCCUUGCCACAUCUGGUGAUGACCAUCAUUGUGCCCAUCGGGGGACAGCUGGCCGACUACCUUCGAACACACAACAUCAUGACCACCACCAACGUCAGGAAGCUCAUGAACUGUGGAGGGUUUGGAAUGGAGGCCACAUUCUUGCUGGUGGUGGGAUACUCUCACACCAAGGUCAUGGCCAUCUCCUUUUUAGUCAUCGCUGUGGGCUUCAGCGGAUUUGCCAUCUCAGGUAAGGACGUGAAAGAUUUUCUCUCCCACAAACAAACAGACUUUUAGGACCGUCACUACAUC